AUGACGGAAUCAGUCACCAGAGACUUCAGUGCGAUGGACCUGGGGACGGAGACUAAGGCAACCAGUGUAGCAGACAGCACUGUAAACCUUGAAAUCACCAUUCAAAACCUCAUUGAUCGAUGCACAAACCUGCACGAAGAAGUCGAGACGUACGUAACAGCCGUCAUUGCCAAACAAAAGCACACCAAGGCCCAGCACCCCGUCGAAUACCGCAAUCUUCGAACCGACUUCAGGAAUGAGCUCGCCUUUCUCAAAAAGAUUGCUGGUCAAAACAUGGACGAGGAAAAGGCACGGCACUUCAUAGUCUCCUCCAACCUGCUUUACUACGAAGCACUGUGGGGAGCGGCCAAACGUUCUCAGGGUCUACAGGCAUUUCGAAAAUACUUCUACUGGGAUAAAAAGGCUCGGAAUACCACCAAGGGAAAAGGCGGCGCAUCCAAAGGCAGGACAAAUGCAUUGGCUGAUAUUGUUGCCGACGAAGGCGGAGAGUGGCUGCGUGUCUCUACUCUUUCAGAAAAGCGGCUGCUGUUUGACCUGGCCAAACUUGGGUGGAUGAACGAUUCCGACUCCGACGAAGACAUGCCAGAUGCUCGACCGGCUCUUGAAGAUGACGAUGAAGACGACGAAGAUGAGGUCGACAUUGUCAGAAAUGCUCGCCAGCUUGCAAGGGCUGCCAAGGCAAAUCCAAUACGCGGACGGCCGCCCAAAGUCCACUUUGUUCUCACGCGCAUUGUUGCUGGCAAGACAAAGGAGAUCGACAGCAUAUUGCAUAAGAUUCGCGCAACGGGAGCAAGCGUCCAAUGUGCGAAUGACAUUCCACCAGCGCCACCGUUGGAGGAGGUGUUGCAGCAACUACUCAUCGAUCGCUCGCGAGCCAUGUCGCACACUUUAAACAUCGACUGUACCAUUCUUCUCGCACUGAUAUCCGACAUUUCGCAUCAGGAGUGCCCAAUACUAGACUGGUACCCCGGCGAAGUGCGCGCGCAGAUCCAAGAAGAAGCAGAAGAAAAACUGUUGCCGACGCACUUGUAUCCAGCCAUUUCAUCGCACCCAAUGGUGACUACACAAGAGGCGGUGGACCAAAUGAAUCUCAUUGUGCAAACGCUUGCAACAGAUGCUGAGAAAGUACGCGCGGAUUUGCUCCUCGCGCAAGGUGAGCACGUCAAUACCUCAGGAGAAGAGCUGGUCGCCGAGUGGGCAAAGCUAUCGAAUCACACUCCGCCCGAGGGGUUUCAGUUGCCACUUCGUGUCGUGAAAACCGACAUUGAGGCCAUCGUAUCCCGUCUCCCUGCUGUAGCGACCAGACUGUCCGAUGAGCUGGGCGCACUGAAUCGAGCCAUCUUUCUGUACGGCUGGGCAGAGGGCCUCACGACGUUGAGCGCCAAUCGUGGUCGAGCGCGACAGAUCGAGACGGUUCUAAAUGAGCAUGGACUGGAGGAGGGCGAGGAUGGGCCGCACAUUUGGUUGUGUGGAGAGAGUAGAAGUUUGAUUGCUAAACAUGGGCGGAGAAGAUGA